GCCUCUUAGUCGGCGGCAGCUGCUGCUGCGGGGCCGCCGCCGUGGGCAGCCGCCAUGCCGCGCUCGCUGAAGGAGGAGACGGCGCUGCUGCUGGAGGAUUACUUCCAGCACCGCGGCGGCGGCGCCGCGCUGCCCCCGAGCCCCACGGCGGCCGCGCUGCGGCGGGCGGCGGCCGAGCUGGAGCGGCAGGAGCGGCCCUUCUUCCGCUCCUGCGCGCCGCUGGCGCGGGCCGAGCCGCGGGAGGCGGCCGCGCUGCUGGGAAAGGUGGCGGCGCAGCUGGAGGCCGACGGCGGCCUCAACUGGGGCCGGCUGCUGGCGCUCGUGGUGUUCGCCGGCACGCUGGCGGCCGCGUUGGCCGAGCGGGGCUGCGGCGACGGGCCGCGCUGCCUGGCCGCCCACCUGGCCGCCUACCUGGCCGAGGAGCGCGGCGAGUGGCUGGAGGCGCACGGCGGAUGGGACGGCUUCUGUCGCUUCUUCGGCAGACACGGCUCCGAGGCGGCUGAGCAGAGCAGCACCAUCGGCAACGCCAUCAUGGCAGCUGCGGCGGGCAUUGGCAUGGCAGGAUUGGCUUUUCUCUUGGUGCGGUAGGCCCGCCAACGGAUCUUGCCAUGGGAAAGUACUCUCAAAACUGACAAUUUACCAGAUUUCACUUUAUUUUCUAUAGAACAGACCCUCUAAGAAGAAGUUUAUAUUUUUAAACUGGCUCAGAAAACUGCCUCACCAAAUCCUUGGCUAUAAACUGCUUCACUCACUACCCAGUAACGACACAAACAAACGUGUACUAGAGCACUAUUUGUGCAUGUUCAAAACCUGUUGUCUCCAAACAUCCUCCGGACUUUCUUUUUUGAAGGUGUAACCUAAACUUUAGCAUGGUUCAUGUACUGUAACUUCUGAGUGCUUGAUGUUAUGCUAGGAAAACAUUAUGGUGGGCUUGCUACUAAACCCUCUGUUCAAGACGUCUUAUUUACGUGGAGGCAAGUCUUGGAACCCGUGUUCAUUAAUGCUGUAAAGUGGGCAAACAUUGACUGUGAUCUAAUGUGGUUUAUAGCUUCAAACGUGGUGCACAGCACUUGUAAUCGAAAGGCAACUCAUUGGUUGAUUUAGAGCAAUUGGUGCCUACGAUGCAAGAAGCAUUAGGGCUUAAUGUAACAUAAGGCUGAAUUCAUUACACUACAAGAAGGUGAGUAUUGAUACAGGACAGUAAUGGCUGCAGUACUGGUUCCUACUGAAAGGAAAAGAAUUUAAAUAUUAAACCUUAAUUGGUAUAUUGAAAUCCAGUGAAGGCUGGAAUUUCUCUGGAUUUCCCUUACAAAGUGAGAAUUUCCAUAUAUCUUAAUAUAUUUUUGAAGUAUUUAUCACUGUAUAAUACUUGUAGCCAUGACAUCUUUAUUUUUGUUUAAAACUUAAUGCUGGUUCUUGUCACUCUAGUACGUAUCAAACGUUGUCUUGUUUGAGUAAUAUUUCACUCUGUUUUCAAAAUGCUGUGUAUUUCUUUCAAUGGUUGUACAAAUUGCCUUAUGUUAAUGGUAGCUUUUAAAUAAUGUUCUUGGGUUACUCACAGCGUGUACAAUUUUACUAUGGUGACUUCAAAGGUGAAUAAAUGUUAAGUAUUUUUAUUUUAAAAAAAA